UCUACGUAAAUAGGUACAAAUACAUUUAAAACAAAAUACCUUGAAAUUUAUUUCUGUGUCUCUUGAAUGCUAAAAAUAGGAUCGUUGUUACCUAAUGACCUUAUCUGACCGCACAUGCGAACGCUGAUUUAAAGUUUUAUCAGCAAGUAAAAGGCUUGCCGGAAUUUCAGUACCCAUUUAUCAGUCUGUAUGAGUAUGUUAAACCGAUAACGAACUAUUAUACCGCGUUGGUGUUGCUGGGUGAAUAUGAUGCCGAUCAUGUUUUACGUUGUUUUGCUUGUGAUUAUCCUGGUUUUUUAUGUCUGGAAAAAGCACUUUAAAACCCAGAACGCUCCCGAUAUCGAGGAACUAUGGUGGCGACCACGGGAGGACGAUCAUGAUGAAACAAUUAAACCAUUCAAAAUCGACAUACCGCGAGAGAUUAUCGCCGACCUCAACCAAAGACUAAGCAGCGUGUUACCUUUUGAACCACCCCUAACCGACGACCACUCCUUCGGUGUCAACACUAAAUUUUUAAACGAAGUCGUCGAUUACUGGAAAACGAAAUACGACUGGUCGGAAAGGCAAAAGUUUCUCAACCAGUAUCCCCAGUUCCAAACCCGCAUCCAAGGCCUAAACGUCCACUUCCUCCACAUCAAGCCCGAAAACCCGCCCGAUUUGGCAACCGUGCCUCUGCUGCUCCUCCACGGCUGGCCAGGAUCUAUCAGGGAAUUUUACGAAAUCAUUCCUUAUCUCACAAAACCCCAACCCGGUCGAGGUUUCGUAUUCGAACUCGUCAUUCCAUCUUUGCCCGGAUACGGUUUCUCCGAGGCACCGUCGAAACCCGGCUUGGAAUCGACGCAAAUGGCGGCAAUUUUCAAAAAUCUCAUGAUUCGCUUGGACCACCCGAAAUUCUUUGUGCAGGGUGGAGAUUGGGGCGCGAUAAUCGCCCAGGACUUGGCAACGUUGUACCCCGAACACCUGUUGGGGUUGCACAGCAAUAUGCCAGUGAGUCGGGCGCCCAUAGGCGUGCUCAAGAUAUUUUUGGGGUCGAUCCAUCCCUCGCUGGUCGGCAUUACCGAAAGGGAGCGCAAAAAAAUCUAUCCCAUGUCGAAAGUGAAACAACUGAUGUAUCAGGAGACAGGAUAUUCCCAUCUGCAUUUUACUAAGCCCGAUACCAUAGGAGUGGCUUUGAGGGACAGUCCCGUGGGUUUGGCCGCUUACAUUUUGGAAAAGUUUAUCACGUGGACCGACAUAAGGUGGCAGAAACGGAACGACCACGCCGAAUUCUUGCAAAGGUUCGAUUUGGACCACCUCCUCGACAAUAUAAUGAUCUACUGGGUGACGAGAACCAUAACGACCUCUAUGAGGUUGUACGCGUUCCGGUUCCAAUCGCAGGUCAACUUGGACAGAGUUCCGGUUAUAGUGCCCACGGGCUUCGCCAAGUUCUUCAAUGAGCUCUUCUUCUUUCCGAAAGCGGCCUUGGAGGACAAGUUCAUCAACGUCGUCCAUUUCCGAGAGUACGACGUGGGCGGCCAUUUUCCCGCUUUUGAAGUGCCCGACGUGUUGGCAAGAGAUAUUUUCGACUUUGUGGAGGUGGUCAGAUCCCUAUGAAUCGUAAUUUUCGGGUUAAAUAUAUUCAC